GCAGGAGAGACAGACUCUCCCAGGAACAGACUCCUUGAAUUCAUUAACAUGUAAAAAUGUGAUGAACCACUGGUCUCAGCAUUAACCCAUUCGUCCUUCAGUACUUCAUCAUCUAUGACGAGUAGCUAUGCACCAGGAUAUGCAAAGCUAAACAAAAGAGGAGGUGCUGGAGGCUGGUCUCCAUCCGAUAGUGACCAUUAUCAAUGGCUGCAAGUGGAUUUUGGGAGCAGGAAACAAAUCAGUGCUAUCGCAACCCAAGGCAGAUAUAGCAGCUCAGACUGGGUGACUCAGUACCGGAUGCUGUAUAGUGAUACAGGGAGAAACUGGAAGCCAUAUCACCAGGAUGGAAACAUUUGGGCAUUUCCUGGAAAUACAAAUUCUGAUGGCGUGAUCCGGCAUGAUUUGCAGCAUAUAGUUAUAACCCGUUAUAUACGCAUAGUUCCUCUGGACUGGAAUGGAGAGGGCCAAAUUGGGCUGAGAAUUGAGGUCUACGGCUGUCCUUAUUGGGCUGAUGUUAUCAAUUUUGAUGGCCAUGUUGUGUUACCGUACAGAUUCAGGAACAAGAAAAUGAAAACAUUGAAAGAUGUCAUCACUCUGAAAUUUAAAACCUCUGAAAGUGAAGGUGUAAUAUUCCAUGGAGAAGGGCAACAAGGAGACUAUAUCACUUUGGAAUUGAAAAAAGCCAAGUUGGUUCUUAAUUUAAAUCUAGGUAGCAACCAGUAUGGCUCAAUUUAUGGCCACACAUCUGUGAUGACAGGAAGCCUCUUGGAUGACCACCAUUGGCAUUCCAUUGUCAUAGAACGUCAUGGAAGGAACAUCAAUCUAACAUUGGACAGGCAUAUGCAACAUUUCAGAACCAAUGGGGAAUUUGAUUACCUGGACCUGGACUAUGAGAUAACCUUUGGUGGCAUGCCUUUUUCUGGGAAGCCAAGUUCAAAUAGUAGGAAAAACUUCAAAGGCUGUAUGGAAAGCAUCAAUUACAAUGGUAAUAAUAUCACAGACCUUGCCAAGAGGAAGAAGCUGGAACCAUCUAAUGUGGGAAACUUAAGUUUUUCUUGUGUGGAACCGCAUACAGUGCCUGUCUUUUUCAAUGCUACCAGUUACCUGGAAGUGCUUGGUCGCCUGAAUCAGGAUAUGCUUUCAGUCAGUUUCCAGUUUCGGACCUGGAACCCCAAUGGACUUCUCCUUUUCAGCAACUUUGCUGAUGGACUGGGUAAUGUCGAGAUUAACCUGGCUGAAGGCAAAGUCAAUGUCCACAUCAAUGUCACCCAAGUGAAGAAGAACCGAAUAGACGUCUCAUCAGGCUCGGGACUCAAUGAUGGGCAAUGGCAUGAAAUCCGUUUUCUAGCCAAGGAAAAUUUUGCUGUCCUCACCAUUGAUGGAGAUGAAGCCUCAGCAGUUCGGACAAACAGUCCUCUGCAAGUUAAAACUGGGGAGAAAUAUUUCUUUGGAGGGUUCCUAACACAAACAAAUGAUUCCGACCGUUCCCUGCUCCAGCUCUCAUUCCAAGGAUGCAUGCAGCUUAUUCAUGUGGAUGAUCAACUGGUGGAUUUGCAUGCAGUAGAACAAGGAAAACUGGGAAGCUUUGCCAAUGUCAGUAUUGAUAUGUGUGCCAUUAUUGACAGAUGUGUGCCCAAUCACUGUGAACAUGGUGGCAAAUGCACCCAAACGUGGGACAGCUUUAAAUGUACUUGUGAGGGGACUGGAUACAGUGGUGCCACCUGCCACAACUCUAUUUAUGACCUUUCCUGUGAAGCAUACAAGCACUUGGGAAAAACCUCAAAUUAUUAUUGGAUAGAUCCAGAUGGCAGUGGGGCACUGGGACCUUUGAAAGUUUACUGCAACAUGACAGAGGAUAAAGUGUGGUCAACGGUGUACCAUGAUCUACAGAUGCAGACUCCUGUGAUAGGCCACAGCCCAGAAAAGUACUCUGUAUUGCAACUGAAUUACAGUGCCACCAUGGAUCAGAUCUCUGCUAUCACUAGUAGUGCUGAAUACUGUGAACAGUACAUCUCCUACUCCUGCAAGAUGUCAAGGCUGCUGAACACCCCAGAUGGGAAUCCGUAUACCUGGUGGGUUGGAAAAGCCAAUGAGAAGCACUACUAUUGGGGUGGCUCUGGACCUGGCAUUCAGAAGUGUGCCUGUGGCAUUGAACGCAAUUGUACUGAUCCCAAAUACUACUGCAACUGUGAUGCUGAUUCUAAACAAUGGAGAAAAGAUGCUGGGCUCUUGUCUUACAAAGAACAUCUACCAGUGAGUCAAGUGGUGGUUGGAGAUAUUGACAGAUCUGGCUCAGAAUCCAAGUUGACUGUAGGUCCUGUGCGCUGUCAAGGAGACCGGAAUUAUUGGAAUGCUGCAUCUUUCAUUACUCCAUCAUCCUACCUUCACUUCUCCACAUUCCAAGGGGAAACCAGUGCAGACAUCUCUUUCUAUUUCAAAACAUCAGCCCCUGAUGGAGUGUUUCUUGAGAAUUUGGGGAAUACAGACUUCAUCAAACUUGAGCUGAAAUCUGCUACUGAAGUGUCCUUUUCAUUCGAUGUUGGCAAUGGCCCAGUGGAGAUCAUUGUCAGGUCUCCCAACCCACUCAAUGAUGACCAAUGGCAUCGAGUCAUUGCCGAGAGAAAUGUCAAGCAGGCCAGUCUGCAGGUGGACCAGCUGCCACAGGAGAUCCGGAAGGCACCAACGGAAGGCCACACACGAUUGGAACUGUAUAGCCAGUUAUAUGUUGGUGCCGCAGGAGGCCAGAGAGGAUUUCUGGGUUGUAUUCGCUCUUUAAGAAUGAAUGGGGUGACUCUGGACUUGGAAGAGAGAGCAAAGGUCACACUGGGGGUGAAACCUGGCUGCUCAGGCCACUGCACUAGCUAUGGAAUGUACUGUGAGAACGGAGGUAAAUGUGUCGAGAAAUACAAUGGCUACUCCUGCGACUGUUCCAAAACUGCGUAUGAUGGACCGUUUUGCAUAAAAGAUGUUGGAGCAUUUUUUGAAGAGGGGAUGUGGCUCCGGUACAAUUUCCAGGUCCCAGGGAUCAGUGCAAAGGACUUAGUCAGCCGAACUAUGUUGAGCUCUACAGACCAUGAUAACACUGUGCCAGACCUCACCUUGAAUAAAGAAGCACUCAGUUUCAGCUUCAGUACCACCAAGUCCCCUUGUGUUCUCCUGUACAUCAGCUCUUACGCCCAGGACUACAUGGCAGUUCUUGUCAAGCCAUCUGGAAGCUUACAGAUUCGUUACAACCUAGGAGGCACUAGAGAGCCAUAUAACAUUGAUGUAGACCACAGAAACAUGGCAAAUGGACAGCCACACAGUGUUAACAUCACACGGAAUGAAAGGGACAUAAUUCUCCAGCUUGAUCACUAUCCUCCAGCAAGUUACAGUCUGCCAACAACAUCUGAUAUUCAGUUCAACUCCCCAAAGGCACUCUUUCUGGGAAAAGUUAUAGAAACUGGGAAGAUUGACCAAGAUAUUUAUCAGUACAAUACACCAGGAUUCACUGGCUGCCUGUCAAGAGUGCAGUUCAACCACAUUGCCCCACUCAAGGCAGCUUUAAGACCUACCAACACCUCCUCUCAAGUCCACGUUCAAGGCGAGCUAGUGGAAUCCAACUGCGGAGCAUCUCCACUGACUAUCCCACCAAUGUCUGCUGCCACUGACCCCUGGCAUUUAGAUUCAGCCAGCGCUGAUUUCCCAUACAAUGGUCAAGCUAUAGGAGAUGGAGUUAACAGGAACUCCGCAAUUAUUGGAGGUGUCAUCGCUGUUGUGAUCUUCACUAUCCUUUGCACGCUGGUGUUUCUGAUACGCUACAUGUUCCGUCACAAGGGCACCUACCACACCAAUGAGGCCAAAGGCGCAGAGUCUGCUGAGAGUGCUGAUGCAGCCAUCAUGAACAAUGAUCCCAACUUUACGGAGACCAUCGACGAAAGCAAAAAAGAAUGGCUUAUCUGAGCGUGUGUGAAGGGGGUUUGAAGCAGGGCUGGGGUGGGGUUGGGGAUGACUCUUUUAGCGAGGAGAGAACGCUCUACUUCAGACCCUUGAGCACAUCUAGUAAGAAGAUCAGCACAAAUGGAGGAGCAACCAACAGGAAAAACCAAUGAGACUGGAAACCAGGAAAACACACACACAUUUAAGAAAAGUACUUUUUAAUAUUCAUUUACAAUGAAUUGCCCCUUCUGUAUUCAAACAACAACAACAACAAACAGCAGCAUUUAGAGCUUCAGCAUUGGUUAAAAUUUGUCAGUAAUACCUGUCUUUUCUGUGUUUGUUUGGAGGUGUUCUAAAUACCUGUGAUGAUAACAGGGCCCGUUUUUCUACAUUUUUUAAAAGCCCUUUAGAAUGUGGAUAUUUCUGUCUUGAGAACAGCUUAAACAUCUGUACAUCUUCAAAGUGUUCUUUUCUGUCAUGCUUAGUCUGUUCCAGACAGGUUGCCAUAAUACCCAAGUCUCAUUCACCUAUUGUUCAAUUUGGCAGUGUUUGAAUUGGGGUUUAAAAAUUGUAGGGAAGGGAGUGGGACAGGGAAUAUAAGGUCAACACUUAAUGAAAAUUUGCCAAUUUUCCAAACACGACUAUCUUGUGCCAACAUUUUAAGAGUCCCGCUUUGGCACAGGCAUUUAAAAAUGUUGAUUGUGUACAGUACUUAUCAGCAAUGUAAAAAUAUUAUAUUUAUUCUGACUAUGGGAGAGGAGUAAAAGCACAGGAAGCUUUUGGUUUUGAUUUGCUUGUUUAAAAUUGAAGGAGUCUGUAGGCCUAGUUCGUGUCUGUAGACCUAAACUGUUUCUGUAACUUUGGCUAUGAUGCUGCUGACCUGAGGCCACCUGCUGGUUUCAGUUUAAACUCAGCUCUGCCUGUGAUAUAUUGGCGUAUGCUGUAUGUAGGCAUAAGCAUUGUAGUUGGGAAUUAGAGCCAGACCUUACCGUUUGUUUGCUUGUUUCUCUUUAUAGGCUGCCACAGAGUUCUUAGUACAGUUCUAGGGAAUGCAUUUGUUCUAACAAUCUUCACAUGAUACUUUUUCUGUCAUUGGCAUAGUAAUUUAAUUUGUUCUUUAAAACUUUGCUUUAAAUCCCAUGUGAAGAAAGCCUCCAUCACAGCACAGCAAAAUAAGAGGCUUAAAGAGUCCUACUCAUACAGAAGGCAGCAGAAAUACUCAGCAUGAGAGCAGAGGUCCUUUUUUAAUAAACAGAUUUGCCUGAUCAGUUUCCCUGUCUUUGUGAAGUAAUGAUUAAGGAAGGCAAAGACAAUAUCUAGUGCUUCAGGGAUCACAAUCUCUCAGACCAACUGAAUGUCAGACAGGUCACUGAAAAAAAGGGAGUCAGUUUGCAGAGAGGGAAAGUGGGAGCCUGAAUAGCUAAUUUCAUCCUUUAAUGGCAAUCAAGUGUUUUUUGCUUCCCCACUGCAAAGGAGCAGAAGUCUCCAGUGACCUUUUUUGAUGGUGACACAGGGCCUUAUGGGUAGUUACUCAUGGAAGGGAAUGUAGAUAUGAAUGUAUAGCACAUAAUUUACUGUGCACCAAAAAACAAACAAACAAUACUAAGAAUUUCUUAUGAAAGGAUUUAGGCCUAUGGCAUUUUUGGUGUCAUGUAACCGUAAUAUAUUUACAGUUUGGGUAUGCCCAGCUUUAAUCCAUUCCUUCAGUACCUAUUUGCAAGACUUAUUUGAAAUUCAGAGGCACUGCACUCUGAUGAACUAAGCAGUGCUAUUUUCUUUUUGUUUCUUCUUCCCUAUUAUUUUUGCUAUUUACAGUUAUUUUGGUGGAUGCUAUAAAAUAAAGGAGAUUUUUUUAAAGUUAGAGACAUAAUAUUUGAGCAGUGUCAGGAUUCCUUUGUUUUUGUAAGUCUUAAAACUUCAUCCUUGUUUAUAAAUGCACAGUUUACCAGAUAUGGUGACAAUUUAAAGACAUUUGAUACCUGUUAAGGCCUUUCAUUAGAAUCCUCCACAAUCUGCAUCAGAGAUAGGACUUGCUGAAUCACUAUAGAUAAUGUAGAUCUCAAAGCCACCAGUUUCUUCCGUGUAUGGAUUUAGACUCACAAUGUAAAUUUGGUCAAUUUUAAGAAAAUCCCUGUCAGUUUUGCAGGUACCUUUAGGGAGGUGGGGUCUCAACAGGAAAGAAUGUCAUCUUUGCCCCCCACCAUCCAAUGCUUAACAUUGGUUUGCCUCAAACACUAUCAUCUUUGAGUGAGAAGUCCUUAUUCUUGUUUAGGAGCAAUUGGAAUAAGAGGAGUAUCCUCCCACUGGAAAGUGUUAAAUCAGCACAAUAGUGUGUUGAAACUAAUCUGCCACGUAUUAGUAAUUAUUCAGCCACACGUCUCUACUGCUGGGUGGGCAGGUCACAAAAAUCUUCUCUUCUUCUUGUGAAGAAAAUCCCACUUCUCGUUUAUUUUAGUUUGUUAAUUGGAUUUCAAAUGGUAUUUUAGGUAUUCCUAACAAAGACUAUGCAUGUAACUUCAGAAGUCCCAGAUAAAUCAAAUGAAAACAGAGCAUCCGCUUCCUUAAGUUAUGAUUUUGCUGCAAUACAAAGGUUGACUUUCUAACUGCAUUUAAUAUGUGACGUGUCAACUCUACCACCUGAGAUUGGAUUCUAUGGUUCUUCAUGUAACAAAAACAGCACAAGUCACCACAAGGGUACCCUUCCCAACUAAUACGUCUCAUCCCUGUGCCAGAAGGGCAAGUGGAUAAUUGACUCUCCAUGUCCAGUCAAGUCUUUGGGUGCUUGAUUGACCUAGCAACAAGCAUUUCGGUUGUGAGAGUGGUCUCUGUGAUGGUGAUGCCUACUUAUCAAUGACUAAACUGAGACCACCAACUCAAUUCACAUGAGCCAGUGAGUGUCCAUCUCAUGGAAAUGAUGGACCUAGUCUCAAUUCAAACUUGUGCAAUAAAGAAGAAAGAGCAAGGCCAAUAGUCUUAAUGACCUGUUCUCCCAACUUUCUGUCACUCAGCUCUUCACCUGAAGUCUAUGACAGUUGCCUAAAUUUGUGUUGGCCUCUUUGCAAGGGAACCUCAUGUUGUGAAAAUAAGUGGGUGAUGAACUUCAGUGCU